AACUGUUUGCGGCGUGAGGUUACGUCGGCCUUUGGUUACGAAAAUUGGAAAUUGUGUAUUAAAUAUCAUUUGUGGCUGCUUCUCAAUUGGCAAAUACAAUGUCAAAUAGUCAUCUGUUUCUCAAGUCUGGAUUUCCGCGUGCACCCCUUCAAAAUGGGCUUGGCCGAUAUGUUUGCCAGCUGCAACGCAUCACAUUGAAAUUCUGUAAGAACAACGGAUCCAGCAGAGGCAUGCGAGAUUUUAUUGAAAACCAUCUGGUGGACUUUGCCAAAGAGAAUCCCGGAAUUGUUGUCUACGUGAAACCACGGCGCCACCGAACGCCUGUUCUAGUGGGCGAAUACUUAAAUGGCGAUCGCGAGUGGCUGAAUUGUCGGAAUAGCACCCAGGAUGAGAUAUUCAAAUGGAUUGAUCUGCUCAAGACACAAAACGGCAGCUCCAGUUCCUUGCGAUUACGUAAAAUGUGGCACACCGAUGUUCCCUCUAUUCAAGGUCCCUGGACACCGUUUCUCCUGCGCUCGCCCGAUGCCCACAACCAGACGUAUCCCAGCAGUGAGAUCUCCACACCGCUCGAUGUCCCACAAUCGGCCACUGAGAAGCUCAUUGAAUUGUUCAAGCAGCAAAAAUUGGAGACUGGCGAAGCUGGCGCGGAUGUGUUGGAGACGAAACGGGCCGAGUAAUAUUGUUUAGCAUUAAAUAUAUAGAAUCAUAGUUCAGUUUUGUAAUAAUAA